ACGAAAGUUGGAGCAUGGAAGGCUUUUUCUGGGACAAACUGCGAGCCUCUGGGACGCCUCGGACAGUCGCCACUUGAGGAGGACGUCCUUAGCAAUGUCGAGAAAUUUGUCGUCAAACUGUAUAAGGUUGAUUCCAGCAUCACAUGCUCAAACGAUGCCCGAAGUUAUUCAUUUGGAGCUGUAAGAAAGCCAGAAUUUCUCCCACCGACAACUGAUGCACUUCGUCUCUAUAUUAAGAGAUGCAACUACCAGGUGUGUGUUUGGGAGAAUGCGCAUAUCCCCAAACCGUCACUACCUAGGCUGCAGGACUGUGGCUGGAUUGUGCAGAGAGAACAAGUUGUUCCUCGUUUAAUAACACUGGAUCCCAUUCCUGAGACGUGCCCAGAAAUAGUUGUCUGUCAUUGCAAAGGACAUUGUAAUACAAAAAAUUGCAGUUGUAGA